AUGCAGAGCCCUAAUGGUCCCCCGCCCGGGGCCCCAGGAGGCCCAAUGCCGACUCCCCAGCAGAUCGCGCAGAUGCAGCAGCAGCUGGCAGCCGAAGCCCAGAAGCAUGGCAUGACCGUGCAGGAGUUCGUCGAGAAGAUCAAGGCCCAACGCAUAGCACAGAUGCAGACACAGCAACAGCAGCAAGGUGGCCCAGGGCAACCACAGCAAGGACAGCAAGGUGGCCCUCCUCAAGGCCCUCGCCCUGGUCCUCCUGCUGGACAACCUCAACCGAUCCGGCCCGGCCCGCCCAACCCAGUCGCAAUCGCUCUCGCCAACUUUCUAAGGGGCCAGUCCCUGAAGCCACGUACCGCCAUCAUCAACGGAGAGCGCAAGGACAUGUUCCGAGUCAAGCGAGCCCUCCGCGCCCUCGAGUCGCCUGCUUAUGCGAAGGCACGAUCAAAAAACCCCGCGCUGCCCGAGAUCAAAGACCGCGCUUCCCUCGAGAACGCUUUCAAGCUACUGCCUAUGUCGAUGCUAGCUCUUCGCGUCAGCAAGGUCGACCCCCACGAAGGCCACGACCACGCACCGAAGAAGGGGAAGAGAGUCAAGGGUCUCUGGACGGUCAAGAUCGAGCAGCAGCAGGAAGCCGGCGACGACAUGCACUAUGUCUGGCUAUACGAGGGCAGUCAGUUCAUGCGUAAGGUCUACGCUGGUCUCGCCCUUGUGGUGAUUUUCCUGCUGGUCCUCUACCCUCUUUGGCCUCUGGUACUACGACAAGGUGUUUACUAUCUCAGCUGGGGAUUCCUGUGCCUGCUGGGUCUCUUCUUCCUUAUGGCUAUCUUCCGUGUCAUCCUCUUCUGCAUCACGUACUUCGUCGCUUCUCCCGGUUUAUGGCUCUACCCCAACCUCUGGGAAGACGUCUCCUUUAUGGACAGCUUCCGUCCUGUGUGGGCAUGGCAUGAGACUGCGAAACCAAAGAAGAAGGGCAAGUCCAAAUCAUCGAUGAACGCCGAAUCAGCUGCGCACUUCGCCGGUACCACAGGUCAAGGCCAUUCGGGUCCUGCAUCUGCUGUCACCACCGCGACCGAUACCCAAAUGCAGACGACGUCUCCGCAACAAAGACAAGGCUAUACAGCCCCGAAAGUCGAGGAGCUGGCCGACGAUGAAUAA